AUGGGUUGCUUCAAAGCCAGGCUUCCUGUUCUCUUGCUUCUGGGUUCUGUUUUCCUGGCGGUGGCCUCCGUUGGCCUUGCCCACUGGGAAGAUGAUGAGAACUCGGAAUACCGAGUCUGUGUGAGAAACUGUGUCGUUCAGAGUGAUCCUUCCGUGUAUGCCCAGUGCCCUGCUCACUGCAGGUCGAAGAAGGACCGGCAUGAGGAGAAGGAAGAAGCAGCUGAACGGGACCCACGUCUUCCUGACCCUCGCCGUCCAUGGCGGCCGGGACAGACCGAAGAAGGAGAGGGGGAGGAGACGGAGGAGGAGAAACCUCAGCGGCAAAGAGAGAGGGAACAACAACAACAACGUCCACACCGACAACCUCGUCCAGGAAGAAGGCCACAAGAAGAAGAACAAGAACAAGAAGAAGGUCGACACCGGCAACCUCGUCCAGGGAGGAGGCCACAAGAAGAAGAAAAAGAAGGACAAGAAGAAAGUCCACAACGACAAUCUCGUCCCGGAAGGAGGCCACAAGAAGGAGGACAAGGGGAGAAACAGAAACAGCAACAAGAAAACCCGUAUCACGUGCCCUCUGAUAGGUUCCAAACCCGAUUCGAGAACGAAAAUGGUCGGAUCCGGGUCCUCCAAAAGUUCGAUCACGUGUCCCCACACCUUCGGAUGCUCCGAUACUACCGAAUCGUCGAAUACAGAGCCAGACCGGGAACCCUCAUUGUGCCCCACCACUCCGAUGCCGAGUACCUCGUCAUCAACACCAGAGGAAGGGCCAUAGUUACUCUUGUUCUUCCAAAUUACAAGGAGUCUUUCAACCUAGAGCAAUUUGAUGUUUUGAGGGUUCCCGCAGGGGCCAUAUGUUACACUAUUAACCGUGCCAGUGGUCAAGAUCUUGAGCUCAUCAAACUCGCUUUACCCGUUAACAUUCCUGGUCAAAUUGAGAACUUCUACCCCUCUGGCAAUCAAAUUCCCAAUUCUUACCUCAAAGCCUUCAACAGGAAGACUCUCCAGGCCGCCUUCAACGCCUCGUACGAGGAGAUUGAGCAGGCAUUUUGGGGAACAGAGCAGCAGCAACAACAAGGACAACAGGGUUCAGAAGAAGGAGUGAUAGUGAAAUUGCCGAGGGAACAAUUGAGAUCACUGAUCAGCCGUGCCCAAUCAAGGCAAAGAAGGGAAGAGAAGAGUUCACCAUUAGGUCCUUUCAACUUGAAAAACAUUCAGCCUCGCUACUCCAACAACCAUGGCACCUUACGUGAGGCUCACCCUCAACGCUUCGAAGCUCUUCAAGACCUUGGCAUCGGUGUCUCCCACCUAAGACUCAACGAGGGAUCAAUGUUUCUGCCUCACUACAACACAAGAGCGAUAAUACUGGCCUUCGUUGCUGAGGGACAAGGAGACACUGAAAUGCAGAGGCAGCGGGAAGGAGAAGGAGAAGGACAAGAGCAUAGAGAAGGACAAUUUAAGAGGUUAGCAGCAAGACUAUCGAAGGGUGAUUUUUUCAUAGUUCCGGCAGGUCAUCCUGUAGCUGUCAGAGCCUCAAGGAACAGCAACUUGGAGGUCGUCGAGUUCGUACUUAAUGCCCCCUACAACUUCAGGAGCUUCCUCGCAGGCAAGAGUCAGAAUGUGCUGAAUGAGUUGGACAGAGAGGUGAAGGAAGCGGCGUUUGAAGGGUCCGGCGAACAAGUGGAGAGGCUGUUGAAUCGACAGAGAGAGUCGUUCUUCGUGGAUCGUGAGGAGCAACCAAGUGGGGGAGGCAGGUCGCCCAGCCAAACUGGUAAGGUUGCUUGGUCUUCAAUCUUGACGGCUUUCAUGUGA